CCCAUGAUGCGCUGCGGUCAUGUAGGUGAAGGAAGCUAAACCGUUGAAGAGGGGCUAGUUGAGCUUUUACUUGAUUAAAUCUUGAUUUUAUCACAUGAAUAUCGCCUUUUAUGAAUCAGUAAAACAUCUCAGUGAUUAGAAAAGUUAUCCAAAGUACGCCUUAAACUCGGACGUGUUGUUGUUGUCAAGAAAGAAUCAUCUAAAAUAAGUGACUGCCAAAGAGAAAUGAUGAUGUUUGAGCUGCCAACCCACUAAGUUCUCCAGGAGAAGACAUCUGAUGAAAAAUUACUGCAACUUUACAGAUUCCGGCAUGGAAGACAAGGCAAAUGGCUCUGUUGACACCAAAAGCCCAGUGGAGAACGGCCAGCUGCCGGACCCUGCCAACUGGGGGGUCGCCGAUGUCGUCAAUUACUUUAAAGCAACAGGGUUCGAGGAGCAAGCCACGGCUUUCCAGGAUCAGGAAAUCGAUGGGAAGUCCCUGCUCCUGAUGACGCGUAACGACGUCCUGACGGGGCUGUCGAUAAAGCUCGGCCCUGCGCUGAAAAUCUACGAGUAUCACGUGAAGCCGCUGCAAACCCAGCACCUGAAGAGCAACACCUCGUAGCACCGCUGGCUAUUCCAGCGCCCAGCUCAGUGACAAUCAUCGUGUCAAGAAGACCCCAGGUUAGCUGCCACUUGACAAAGACUCCUCUGGCCACAGUGGCACCUUAACAGAAUUUGAAUGCUGUAUGUUUUUAUAAGCGUGAACCCCAAAAAAUGGGUUGCACAUGGAGUCCAAUCAGCUGUCUACCCUUUCAGCCAUUCUUUUUCUGCUACUUGAGAUGUGUAUUUUUUUGUGUGUUUUAUUUAAAAGAAGGAAAUUCGGGGCGAAUACUGUGCAAGUAUGAUUUGUGUGUGUGUGUUUGUGAGUGUGUGUGCAAAGUGAAUUAACCCAUGUUGGUUUAAAAAAAAAAGUAUUUGUAUAUAAGAUGAUAUAAAGUUAAAAACGGUGUAUGUUGUCGUACCUGAACACUUUGAUACAUGCAGAAAAUUAUUCUGGUGCAUCCCGUUUUGCCCUAAAAUCACUUUUUAUGCUCUAAACUGUGCAACUGAGUCCAUGAAACGUCCUUAGCAUGUAACAAUGAAGCAUUUUGUUUUUCCCAGAAAAAGGAGCCAACUGAAAGCCUCUUUGUUCCUACAUCUGUACCUGCAUUAUCUAGGCCCGAGGCUCUCAUAUGAAAAUAUUUAUGUGUAUUUGUUCUUCUUAUGAUCCUACCUGUGGUGCUUUCAGAAUUGUCGCAAAGACAACUGUAUUGAAGUGAGUAUGACCAAUGUAUAUGUGCAACAUAACACUGGAUUUUGAAUAUCUGAAUCAAAGAUUUGCAAUAAAUGGUGCUCUUUUCUCACAAAAGAACAAUAUUA